AUGGAGCCGUCGGACGGGGCACGCGAGUCCGAUGGCCGCGUCUAUCCUAUGUUUGCCGCGGCGGCAGGCGAUGAAAGCGCGUACAAACGUCGUCGGCUCCCGCCUUCCAAACCGCGCGCAGCCAAAUCUCGCGCACGACUGUCCACCACCACGCUGUUGGCUGCAUGGGGCCAGGAGGCACGAGCUCCAACGCCGCCUCCGGCGCAGCCGAUGCAGCGCACCGUGCGUGGUACAGCGACAAGCGAUAUGGCGCAUCCUUUUUUUGCUAAGCGCGAGACCAAGUCUGCGCCGAUGGCGCGUGUCCACGCCCAUGCUACACGACCGCUCCAGACGGUCCCAGCCCCAUGGCCAGAGGCCCCUAUGGUGCACGUCGUCCCAUCCCAGGAGCCACGUAUGACUCGACAGGGUGUAUCUUGGCCACGACGUGCGCGCUCGUGCAGCCAGUCCGCGUCCGAUCUUACCUGGUCGUACACCAUGCACCCAAGCAGCAAGGCGGCAGAUCCGUGCAUGGUGUGUGAAGCAGCGAUGGUGCCCUCUUCCAGCAGCACAGCCUGGCACAUGGAGCCGCGCUCGCCUCUCACCUACUUGGCAGCGGACCCUGCAUGUCAACGAUCUGAUACCCACGCGUCUCCUGUGAUCGCGUAUAUGCACGAGCGCCUAUCGCGUCAAGAGCGCCAGGCGCUGUCGCCGCAGCCGCAUGCCAGUGCCCAUGCUUCCUUGUGGAUGGAUCACUGGCGGCCGACAUGUGCAGCGCAUGUACUGGGAAACGAGGCGUCCGCCACGAUCCUGCGCGACUGGUUGCAAGACUUGCGCGUGUCGUUCAGCGGAGCUACGCAGCGCCCUGCGAUGACACGCCGAGCAUCUCGGCGCCGCGACCGACCUGCUAGCGCUGAGUCGAGCGAGGACGAAUUUCAGCCUGAGGAAGCUGCAUGGUUUGAUCAGUUUCGUGCGCCUGCGUCGCCUCCGCCGCCCGCGCCCACCGCGCUGACCAACGGCAUGGUGCUGGUGGGCCCGACGGGUGUGGGCAAGUCGGCGGCCGUGUAUGCGUGUGCCUCUGAGCUAGGCUUUGAGGUGUUUGAGCUGUACCCGGGCAUGGGUCGCCGCAGUGGCAAGGACUUGGCCGGUGCGGUGGGACAGCUUACGCGCAAUCACAUGGUGCUGGGCGACGCACGCGCUCGUAUACGAGAUAUGCCGCAUCAGUCCCUGAUUCUGCUGGAUGAGGCGGAUGUGCUCUUUGACGAUGACAUUGGCUUUUGGCCGGCGGUCGCAGAGCUCAUGAGCGAUUCUCUGCGUCCCGUCGUACUUACGUGCACGGACCUGGACGCCAUUCCUCUGGCAGACCUUCCGAUCCAGCGCGUCCUUACGUGGCACCCUGCCCCGGUGCCGGCAGCCGCGACGUACCUCCAGCUGGUCGCGCUGGCGGAAGGGUACAUUGUGUCGCAUGCCGCGAUGCAGGCUCUCUACCUCCGUACCCUCCCACCCCCCGAUGCACUGACGCCACGCAGUGGGCCGGUCAUGCCGACGUCGCAUGCGUAUCCGAGCUCACGCGUCGUAUCAACAGCCGCCGCAUGCGAUUUGCGCGCCGCACUCGCGCAGCUCCCAUGGCUGUGUAUGCGCACGCGUGCCAAGGAGAUGCUGGAGGGCACAGUCAGCGACGCGCGUCCUGGCGUGCUGAGCGCGCCGAGCGAGGUCAGUGCGCUCCGUGCGCCCCAGGACGAUGCACAGGCCUUGCGUGCCAUGUGCCGCGAUGCUGAGGCGCUCUCAGUCGCCGAUGUCGUGUGCCGACAUGGCGAAUACGUCGACGAGUACGUGCCGCUCCCCAAAAGUCGCGCACACGUAUCGCCUGUGCCCAGUGUGCCAUGCGCAUCCGUGCAUGUCCCCGCUACACUGCAUCUGGGGCCGCGCUUGUACGCAGCGCUGGCGCCACGCACCGCCUCGCAGCUCGCAUCUUUGGCAGCGCGCAUGGAUCACGACCGAGUGGACCACUGCCGAUACCUCGCGACCUUGGUACGGCUCCUGCAUGUGCCGCCUCAUGAGCAGCUGCCUCGCUCGAGUAUACCCCUCGACUAUGCGCCGUACGUGCGCAUCCUGCAGCAAUGUGACGCAGCGCGGCAGCAUGCCUGGGCUGCCUACCUGUACAACGCGCAACAAGGCCUGUCUGGACGCGCCACGCGCAACUCGGCGCGCUUCGCUUUGGACGGCAUGGGCGUGCGCGGAUGGCAGGCAUGGCUGCCCUUUGGGCCAGCCGAGCUGGCGGCUGUCAGGGCCACGGCGUUGUGA